ACGACUAGUAAACAGCGCAUGUUCAUUUCUUCUACUACAAAAGGCAUGUUUCUGUUACUCGAGUUGUGUGAGGCCUAUAGCUUAAUUGCGCCCUGUUUGUGGAAGUGAAAGAUGGCAGGACGGAAAUCACGGAACAGCAUAUCUGUGAAGAUGUGCCCUCAGCAGAGAGCUCGUCACGAAGCCUACAAUGAGCCACCUAAACAAACACAGAGAUGGAUGGAAGUGGCAAAACAGCGCGUGCGCGCGCAUCUAAAUCAUCAAAAAUCCUGUCAGGUCGGCACCUCCACUGCUGCUGCCGAGCGCCAAAAUCAACUCACCGCACAAUUAAAAGCCGCAGAGGCGAGGAAUCGUGUUAGACAACUGAGACUACACUAUCAAGAUCUAAAGGAGCAGGAAAUUAACUUAAUGAUUUCAUGCCAGUCUACUGCACAGAGGGCUGUACGCCUGGAGCAUUUACUCUCCGUGAGUCAGAGGAAGAUAAACCACACUGACUGCAUGGACCAAUUACAGAGACGAAGAGUUGAAGAGAUCCUAGAGGAUGAGGAGGGCCUGACCAUCAACCGCAGAUAACUGAAGAGACAAAGAAAAUAUUUACUGAAUGCUCUGAGACUGAAAAUACAGACUAUAUUGUGGCCUUGCAUGCCAAAUAUUUAGCAUGUGUUUGAUUGGACUGUCUUAAAAAUAGUCAACUAACCUUUAUGAGCAUACAAGAUAUGAACAGUAAAUGUGCUUACAUACGAUUUUUAUGCAUAUAUUUAGAAUUUAUACGCAUCUUUGUGUUUCCAUCCCUAUCCAAAAUGUGCAGGUGGAAAUAUAGCUAAUGUUGCAAACUUCAAGAAAUAUAUUACUACAACAGACCAAUAAAGCAUUUAUGUUUAGGGAUGUAGCUGAUUUUAAAAUUCCGGGUGAUACAAAUUAUUUACAGAAAAUGAUUUUAAUGUUAUUGAUGGAAAUUGAUAUUCUCACCCCCAAGGCGUCACGUAACUGACGCCUUGGGAAGCAUUUG